AUGACGUUCAUUGCAAAGAAUAGGUUGACACGCCGAAGUGAACUUUAUCGUUUAGAACCAUACAUGUCUGAACAUGGCCUGAUGAUGGUUGGAGGAAGACUGCACCGUGAAUGGGCGGCAACACAUGAUGGGCCAAUACUGCUCCCACGUGAUCACCCGGUGACUACCGGUACACUAAUUGUACGAGAAACACAUGCAGUACAUGCAGAACAUUCUGGAAGGGAGCACACGUUUUCAUUAUUGCGUCAAAAUUUCGGGAUACCUAAGUGUCGUGGUCUGCUGGAUAAGAUUUCCAAGGCAUGCACUGUCUGCCGUCGCAACAAUUGGGUGUCCAUGCAUCAAAGGGAAGCCUUGCUGCCAGCAGAUCGGACCUGCCCAGGAAAGCCUGCGUUUGCCUUCACAGGAUAG